GGGCGCAUGUUGUCCUCAAUCGACACCAAGAUAUCCGCAGGCGACAAUGGCCGUGGAGUGAGGCUUUAAUCUUGCUCUGCGUUGAAAUCCGGGUUACAGUGCCGAAAGAGAUAGGAUAUAGCCGCAGCCCUUUCAUCGACCUUGUUACGAGUUAUUUCUUGCCAGCUGCGGCUUCAAUGGGAUUUGCUUGAUAUCGACAGCUGUUUAAACAAUGCGUGUAACGCUGUUGACAUGGUCAUGAUAUUCCUGAAGGCACCAUAUUCAGACCGAUAUGGUUGUCCUCUGGCAGUCAAAGUCGAUCGGACCAAUUACUGAAUGUUUCACAAGAUGCUUGUAUUGCGGGGAAAGACCAGAGAGAACAUCGUCGAAGCACCUUGUAAACUGACAACCCUAACGUCCAGCAUAUCACUAACCUUUUCCAUUGUUUGAAGCGGCGCUGCUGUUUCCCAGGUCAAGUCGGCGCUGAUCAAAUAUCAUCUCAUGAGUAUUGCAGGCAACGGGGUUGUCACACACACGAUUCUCGGUUGUCAAAGAGCUCGGAAAACUCGUCCAGUGCUACUCUUGGGUCCACUGACAAGAAUUCAUCCAUUGCAUUUUCAACACACACUCAGAAUCCCAACUGAUCCCCAGCUUCACACUCGGCACCAGCACCUGCAGACAACCGUACAACCCUGUGCGCAAUCAACAUCCACAAUGUCUCUACCGGUUGGCGGCCGUCGAGAUGUCCCGCUCGAGGAAGCUCGAGCUGCACUUCAAACCCACUUCUCUACGUACCAAGGGGCCAAGUAUGCGGAAGGCUGGGACCAUCUCUGGUCAAAGGGCGACUUUCUACCAUGGGACCGUGGAAAUCCGUCUCCUGCGUUGACAGACACAUUAUCCAACCACACAGAUGUGAUUGGUCACGCAAUGAUCGAGGAGGACGGAAAGACGCGUCGGAAGCGUGCAUUGGUACCUGGUUGCGGUCGGGGUGUUGAUGUGUUGCUUCUGCAAAGCUUCGGUUAUGACGCGAUUGGCCUGGAGUACGCUACAAAUGCCUUGAAGGCUUGCGAAGAAUACCUGAAAGAUCAUGAGAAGGACUACCCGCUCAAGGACGAAAAGGUGGGCAAGGGAAGUGCUCGGUUCGUUCAGGGUGACUUUUAUGCCGAUGAAUGGCUCGAGAAGGUAGGACUGGACAAAGAUACCAAGUUCGAUUUGAUCUAUGACUAUACUUUCUUCUGCGCGAUGCAACCACCCAUGAGAUCAGCUUGGGCCAAGAGGAUGUCGCAACUUCUGCGUCCUGAUCCUCAAGCUAAUCUGGUUUGUUUGGAAUUUCCCACCAACAAGCCUGCUCAAGCGGGCGGCCCUCCUUUUGCGUCUCCUCCAAAGGCGUACCUCGAGCACUUGAGUCAUCCAGGGGAGGAAGUCAAGUAUGACGCAGAGGGCAACGUCAUGAUGAACCCAUUGGCACCAUCGAGUCCAGGAGGUCUUGAGCGAGUGGGCCACUGGCACCCUGCUGAUACGCACCAAAUAGGCAAAGACACGGAGGGUAACGUGCAAGAUUGGAUCUCGGUCUGGAGACAUCGAUGAUAGGCAGAGGGGAGAGGCGUGUCCCAACAUGUUAACAGUCGUUCCGAUCUUCCAAUGCCACACCUUUGACGAUCCUAA